AUGCCAACGCCUAGAAAUGCCCAUAUCGACUUGCAAGACAGCCCAUUCUUCAAACUCGCUCAACAAACGCGUAACACUCCCGCCAACAAGGGCAAACGCAGGUUAUUAGAUGAGGAUUUGCCUUCAUCUGAUGAAGAGGAUUUUAAUGAGCCACAACCCACCACUUCAUCCUCUCAUUGCCCUUCAUACUCUCUCAACGCACCGCCUGCACGCCCUACGCGCUCAAAACUCAACUCACGCCUGCCUGUUGCUGUAGAGAGCCUUAUCGAUCUACACAAUGCCGUUGAGAACGCGUUCAGAAUUCACUUAUCAACUUCCUCAGCCUUGCCUCCUCCACUAAUCAUGCCUUUUUCGGAAUCUCACAGAGCUGGGCAUUCCUCACUCAAGACUUACAAACAAGGUUUACACAUCCUCCGUUUUGAUACCCUCAUCGAUCUUGAUACGCUGUCGAAGCUCGUCGCAUCAGCUAGCUCCAAAAACCUUAAUCCAGCUACUCUAUCUAAACUCAAAUAUCUCUGGAACGACGAUAUUGGCUUUAUCAUCGCCACCACACGCGUCAAAGAGUACUCUAUUGGUAUGGAAGUGGCUAUCGAAGAGGAGAAGACUGCAAAAGGUGCGAUUGGGGUCAUGAGAGACUUUGCCAGAGCCAAAGAUGAGUGGUUCCGACAGACAGACAGGAGGAGAGAGAUUGUGACAGAGAGGGCUAAAGCUUGGGUUAAUGAGCAGUUCGAGACAUGGAUGAAUAGCCAGCUCGAAGAUGUCACCAAAACACCCAAAUCACACUCCAAUCAACUGUCCUCCUCUAUAACCAGAUCAGGUCUCCUCACACCCCCAUCCACCGCAUCUAAAGGGAAAGCCAAGAAAGAGGACAGCACGCCUCAGUCGCCUUCUGAGAGAAAAGUAUACCCGGGAGACUUCCUGCGCAGUGUCACAAACACGCCUUCAAAGCAAUUACCGCAGCUGCCUAUGAAAACCAGACCGAAGACACCGUCAGAUGCACUGAAGAGAAUGGCUUCAUACAAUAAUGCUGAGAAAUUGAUGCAGACUGCUCCAGUCAAGCGUGCACGCGUCAAGUCACCCUCACCGCCACCGCGUUCGCUCAAGAAAGCCAAAACAAUGAUGGCGGAGGAAGAUGAGAGUAAUGUGAAUGAUGUGUUCAGAACGCCAUCCAAAGAAGCACCGGCAACGCCCACCAAGGCUCCGUCAACUAUGACCAUGGCGGAGCGCAAGAAGAACCUCGAAGCCAGCGUCCGAGCCAAGAUGGAACUAAAGCGUAAGGCAAAAGAGGAGCAGUUGGGUGGAGGCAGUGAGUUCAACAAACAAUCACACGCUGUCAAGUCGGAGGUGUUCCAACGUCGCAGUAGAUUGUCUAGAUUACCAGCUGUUGCUGAAGCUGUUUAUUUGCUAUUCGCCCCGAAUGUCUCAAACGUGCCUUCGUCGCCUUCUGCCAGUCUGCCGACGCCAACAUCGCGCAAAAGAAGAGCGAGGCCAUUGCAGGAGGUUGCGACUGUGAUUGUCAAAUCAAGCAAGGUUGCAAUGUCAGCUGCUGAAGCAUGCGAUUCGCUGAAGAUGCUAUGCAAUCUUUGCCCGGAUUUUGUUUUCCUCAAGUUGGUAGAUAGGGUGGAGUAUCUGGAGAUGCCAACAAGUUUAAGCGGUUUAAGUGGCUCUGCUGGACACGCGAUAGUGCCACCGUCACCAAGUGCACACCCACUGCUUGCCGCUACCACACCAAACAAUGCUAGUAGUGGCACAACACACCCACCAAAGUCACCCAAAUCACCCAAAUCACCGCUCACAGGCACAGAAGUUGACAGCCCUUCGAAGCGGAAAUCGGCAAUGACUUUGCGUGAGAUGAACCAAAAACCAGCAAUAAACACGCCACCAGAAAAUUCUGAUGAUUGGGCUAACGAUGUACAGAACGCACUUGGAGUUGCUGGGGAUACUGGCGGUGAAAAUGGUGCGGAGGGCGUUGAAAGCACCACAAACACCACCGCCAACCUCUCAAAUCCAAUUACCAACGCUGAUAAGGAGCAGAAUGAACAUAAGCAAUCUAGUACCCCUGACUUGAGCACCAAAAUGCCCGGUGGAUACGCUUCAGCGGGUACAGCAGGCGCGGGUGCAUCCGCUGCGUCCCUCAAAGACGCCCCUGGUCAGGCUAAAGACGCAGCAGCGAGAGCGUACGACACAGCAUCUCAGAAAGUAGACGCAUACGCAGAUCAUAUUGCGAAAUCAGCCAACGAUCAAGAAGCGAGCAAUCUGCAUGAAGUUGCUGAGAAGCUCAAACAAGACGAUCAUGAUCCAUCCAUACCCGUGAAAGACCUCGCAAAUGACACUCAGCCAGGUGUGCUUGGAGAAUACUCAGAGAAAGCUGCUGCUGCUGUUGCUGGUUUGACAGGCGCAAGUGUCGGCGCAGGUACGGGUGUGGCUGCAGGUCUUGCAGCAAAUGAGUCAACCAAGGCAAGUAGAGCACAAGAUGAACACACCAAAUUCUCCACUUUAUCAAAUCCAAUGGAAUUUCCCAGUGGUACAUUCCCUACUCUGGAGAAAUUGCAGACGGAGCCAUCGACGAUACCACACAUUGAAGGCGUAACAGCUGCGCGUGUUGAGAAUACCUUUAACGAGAAGAAGACAGAAGAAAAGAAGCAACAAGAAAGUAAUAAAGCUACAGAAGCAUUGGCAGGUGUUACUGCGGGUGUUGGUGGUGCCGGCGCUGCAUCAGCUGUUGUAGCCAACAAAUAUGCCCAACGUAAGAGCGCAGAUGGGGCCAAGUCGACUAAGUCUGAACAGGCUAAUACCAUAGCGACUGACAAGACAGCCCACAAUGUAUCUCCUCCAUCCUCUUCUGCUAACCUAGUGAAAAAUACCGAGGAGAAUGCGCGUGAAAGUGCACAAGAAAAUGAAAAAGCGAAUGCGCAAGAGAACAGCCACGACAGCAGCCAAGUGAGCAGCCAAAAGAGCAGCAAAGUCACACCGAAACGCAGCUUCAGCCAGCGUAUCAAAGGGGAUGUGAAAAUUUUGUUUGGGAAGUUGUCUAAGAAUGAUAGCAAGGUGAGCCAAGGGAAGGAGAUGAGAGGAGAGUGA